AUGUACUUGGAAGAAUUGCCACUCGAGCUUCUCCUUCGUAUUUUUGAUUAUUUGCCUCCCAAUGAUCUUUGGUGUAACUUCAGAGCAGGUAACCUAGAUUUAUUUAUUUACAUUUAUAUUCAUUCAGUCAUACGUUCACUUAUUUAUUUUUAUAUUAUUUUAGUUAAUCGAAGAUUGAACCUACUAAUUCGAGAGCAAUCAUACUGGCUGAAACGUGCCAAUUAUCUACAUAGUCUUGUUCUUCCUAAAAGAUUGACAGGUUCUCUCACAGCAACUGAUAAUGAUCGUCCUGGAUCCUGUUUGUCGCCUAUCUAUCGAUGUAUUGCCACAGAGCAGACUGCGAUUCGUUGGUCUGAUAGUCUUAAAAAUUUUGCUCACUCAGUAUCAACAGUUGAUGCUCAUUAUGGGAUAAUUCAUGCUAUUCGCCUCUUUACCAUAAAUGGAAAAUAUUUUUGCCUGACUGGAGCUCGUGAUCGACAAAUUAUACUUUGGGAUUUGGAAUCAACUAUUUAUAAAGCACACGAUGGUUGGAUUUGGUCAAUAUCCUGUUCAAAAUAUAAUGUCAACUCAUUUUUCUCAGCCGGAUGGGAUUCGAUAGUUAAAAAAUGGCAGAUUGCAGAAGCAUCUAUUCUCCCAACUCAAAAAAUAUCCGUUGACACGGCAGCACUUUCUUGCGUUUCAGAAAAUGAAAAUAUACUUUAUGUAUCAACUUUUCGAAGUGGGACAUUACUCUAUGAUACUCGAACACCAUGUACAUCUCCGUUAGCUUCAAAUAACUGUCAUGGCCAAAGGCCAGUCUUUGAACUUACGACUAUGGACGAUUGCAAUCAAAUAUUUUCAAUUGGGGAUGACAAGCAACUCGCGGCUGUAGAUAAAAGGAGAUUCGAAAGUUUGGUUGGUACUUAUCAGUCUAAUGAGCCGAUUUCUCAUGUUGAUUACGAGGACAAACAACUUUGUUUGAGUCUUAAAAAUGGACAUUUUCUUUUCUUUGACCCGGAAACGUUACAACUUGAAAAUGAAUUUACUAUUACCAACGAUGACGAUGGGAGAGAACUUAAUGGAGACCAAAGCAUUCGUGUAACUCGAGGAGGAACAUUUUGUGCUUGCAGGCAAGAUAAAUAUUUUAUUUGUUUUAUUAUUGAAAAAUUCCAGUGA